GCUGCUGCACUUUUUUGUCCAUUUCAACAACAUCUCAUUUCCCGCCUAUUUCGGCGCCUAAGUUCUCAUUUUUCGAACGAAAUUUGUAUCCUUUUCAACGGAACACUGCUCUUUUUAUUAAUGGGUAAUGAUGGAUAAAACUCACAAACUUGCAAUUAUUAUAUCAAUGUGUGCAUUUAUUUUUAGUAUCUUCUUCACUAUAAUCGCUGGAUUCUCCGAGUACUGGGCUCGCGCCGAGGUUAUCGACACUAGAAAAUUCCAACACGCGGGCUCAGUUCACACUGGCGUUUUUGCGGGAAACCGAGAGAUUGACUUUGGACAGGGAGAUGUAAACACUCGAUUUACAGUGUUCAAUGAGCUACAAGAAGGCACCUCAUUCUUCUCUCGAACUGUUUGGAUAUUCUUUUUAUUUUUUGAAUCGAUGUCCUUGAUUUGGUCGAUGAUUGGAGUGGUGACAUGUGUAUUUUCAAUGACGUCAUUGGCUUUGGACAUUUCUGUAGCAGGUCCAAAUGGAAUUUAUUUGUGGAGUUUAUUAUCCUCUGUAUCUCACGGAGGAGCCCUCGCCCUCUUCUACUCCCAAUUUCAAUCCAGCUUCAAAAUUUCGAUGCUCCUGGAGGAACACCACGACAUUGGCUUCACAACUUUCAAUCAAGCCAGCCUCUCAUACGCAUUUUAUAUGUCACUUUGUGGUCUUGUUGCCCUAUACAUUCCACCAUUGACUCUGGUGGUUUUUACAGAAAAAUUGACUAUUCGUGAGCGCUCGAAGACUCCCAAUAAUUUCGAUCCAACGGUUAUGUUGUAUUAA